GCGACGGAGCGGCGGAGUUCCGUACGCCGCGGCAUUGUUUAGCCGUCACAUUACCGAAAAUGGCUGCCGUGUUGGACGAAGUCGGCAAAUCCGCUGAGAAACUCGUGGACGAGGAGAAGGUCGACGAAAUCGUCGACGGCGAGGACAAGACCGGAGCGGCGGAGGCCUCGAAGAAGAAGAAGAAGAAAAAAAAGAAGAAGAAGGCCGGUGCUGGAGAAGCUAGUGCAGAUGUGCCAGAAGGGGAAGAAGAUAAGCCUAAGGAUGAUGAAGCAGUGGCCGAAGGCACCACUGAGGUGACCGAGAACAAUGGUGAGAGCGAGGAGGCCAAGAAGAAAAAGAAGAAGAAGCGCAAACCCAAAGAUAAGGGUGGCGUUAAGCAGCAGACAGAUCCGCCGAGCAUUCCCGUGUCAGAAUUAUUCCCAGAUGGUAAUUUCCCAGUGGGACAAGUGAUGAUUCACGGAUCCGCUGGGAUAGACGACAGAAUGGCGAAGAUGCGCUUCACGAGCGAGGAGGCGCGCGCUCUCGACAGAAUGCACAACGAUAUUUACAAUGAGGCCAGACAGGCGGCCGAGGCGCAUCGACAAACCAGAAAGCAUAUCAUGAAAUGGAUCAAGCCAGGAAUGACUAUGAUAGAGAUUUGUAACGAGCUGGAGGAAACCGCUCGAAAACUGAUAGGGGAGGACGGCCUCCUGGCCGGAUUGGCGUUCCCGACCGGCUGCUCCCGCAACCAUUGCGCGGCUCAUUACACUCCGAACGCCGGUGAUCCAACCGUACUCGAGUACGACGACGUCACUAAGAUCGACUUCGGUACUCACAUCAACGGACGUAUCAUCGAUUGCGCGUUCACUUUGACGUUCAAUCCCAAGUACGACAAGUUGAUCGAGGCUGUUCGCGAUGCCACCAAUACCGGUAUCAAGGCUGCCGGUAUCGAUGUGCAACUGUGCGACGUCGGUGCCGCUAUUCAGGAAGUUAUGGAAUCAUACGAGGUGGAACUGGAUGGCAAGACGUAUCCGGUAAAAUCGAUUAGGAAUCUAAAUGGCCACUCGAUUUCACCUUACCGUAUACACGCCGGGAAAACGGUGCCGAUAGUCAGAGGCGGCGAGGCGAUCCGAAUGGAAGAGAACGAAUUUUAUGCGAUCGAAACCUUUGGAUCUACCGGUAGAGGCGUUGUUCACGACGACAUGGAAUGUUCGCAUUACAUGAAGAGUUUCGACGCCGGUUUCGUGCCAUUGAGACUGCAGAGCAGCAAGUCUCUUCUCAACACUAUUAACAAGCACUUCGGUACGCUUGCUUUUUGCAAGCGCUGGUUGGACCGCGUCGGUUGCACCAAGUACCAAAUGGCGCUGAAGGAUCUCUGUGAGAAAGGCGCCGUGGAAGCGUAUCCGCCGUUGGUCGACGUCAAGGGCUGUUACACUGCUCAGUUCGAGCAUACCCUCGUUCUGCGUCCUACGUGUAAAGAAGUCAUCUCCCGCGGUGACGAUUAUUAAAGUCGGUCGUUGUUUUAUGUGAAUUAUUAUCGGAUAUCAAGGUGUAUUUUAAUCUCGAUGUAACAUCAAUGUCAAAGCAUCGUAUUUCACGAUGUGCGAUGUGAUAACAGUAAUCAUUGUAAUACGUUAGUAAUAUGGCAUUUCUGAGUGUGAUGUACUAUCCGUAAUUUCGUUUUUUCUCAUAAAAACAUCGCAGUGACGAUAUUAUGAAUUCCGAUAUGAAUGGUAAAAAUGUACCGGCAACAUUUAUUAUACACCAGAUGUUUUCAUGUACGUCUUAGGGAUACAUUUUCGCGGUUUGUUUCUUUUUUUCUAUUGAUAUGUGUACUUCGAGAAGAGGGUUUGUAUUCGUUGUAUUCGCAACGUUUUAUUUUAUCCACUUUAUUAUUGGUUCCUUACACGUUGGAAAUGGAAAUGACGGGGUUGAUGUUUAGUGUUGAAUAAAAUAUAUUUGGAAUCC